CGGACGUCAAUUGUCGUAUAUUAGCAUUCGAAGCAAUGGGCAUUCUGGCGAUGCACGAUGCUCGGCUUGGUUUUGAGAAAGCAGUUUUCAUCAAAGAGACACUCAAAAUUGACGAGAGCUUAAGGCCAACAAUGCUUGGAAUACUGGGCAAUAUGAUGCUGACGCAUGGUUAUCAGAACGUAUCACGUUGGUUUGCUGGAGGAUCGGAUCCGACUGAGCCGGGUGACGAUUUUUGCCGAGUUGUUACUGGAUACAUGGAUAGUCCGGUGAGUGAAGCAUACACCGCUUGCUUGCACUAUCUUUGA